UGAAUGUUGUCAAGCGUGGAUAACAUUUACGUGUUGGUGUGUGUGUGGAACAAUGUGUAGAAGUGGACAACAAGAGGACAUGGACGGACAGUCAGAGAUAAGCGAGUAACAGGAAGAGUUAACAAUGAAGAUACACAAGACGCGGACAACAGGGCACGCGACGAGAAACACGAACAAUUGGAUGGCGCUCAAAACACUCGCUACCACCAACAAUUGGUGACCCCGGAGUGACAAGGACAAGGGUAGACGAAAACAUUUCACAUGAAUACACUUAUUAAGUCUAUGCUUGCAGCGUCACGCUGUCACUGCUCCUUAGUGUGUGGCAGCUAGAGAUUACUAUUAUCUUAUGUCCUUGGUCUUUUGUCCUUUCUCUCAUCAUGUUCUGCUGUGUCAUGGUGAGGCCCCAACCCUGGCACUGUUUGACACCUCUUGCUUUAAAAGGUUGGCAUCCUGAUACUGUUGGUCAUGGCCGCACAUUUCGUUUUGUCGUCCACAACCCCCGCAGCGCCUCAUCUCAUCGGGAAAAUUUCUCUGUCUUGUUAAUCACAUGUAGCAGACAAGUGAAAGUGCCUUGAGGAGGUGCGGGCGUGACCUUCUGUUCUGUUGUGGACUUUUCUCCCUGACACCAUGUUAAGCCAAGGCAACAUAAGUUCUGCAGGGAAUUGUGAGCGGCGCAACGCCAUCCCUGUCAUCUACACCAGCGGAACAUACUACGAAGUGGGCUUUGAUGUGGCUCCGUCCUCCCCGCCUGAAUGACCCACCUCCCGCCACCCUUGUGCUCGGCUCCUCCACAGGGACGCACCUUCCGGGGCCUCAUCCAGGAUUAUCUGGCGUCGUCCGUGUGGCUCCGGGAAACACUUCUUCCAGCUUAUGAGACAGAGGCUGGGCGGGCCGCCUAUGACGAAACCCUUCCAGUCUUGAAGGAGAACUUUCCACAGUACCUCAGGGAGCUGCAGGGCACGGCAGAUGGGGCUCAAGUUCCCUUCCUCCACCUGGUCCUGCUGCACAUGGACAGGAUCAUGACCAUGGCGGGCCAGGUGGAGCAGCAGCCGUGCAGCAGUGACCUCAACGGCUGUUCCGACCUCAGCAUCAACAGGGAAGACCAGGUGUUGCUGGGCCACACAGAAGACACAUUCGAAGAGAUGAUGAACUACCUGUACCUCGUGUCCGCCACCAUCAGCGAGGAGGCGCCGGAGGGGAGGUUGGGCACGCGGACAGAGAGCUUCACGGCACUCUGCUACUCCGGACACCUGCCGGGAGUCUGCCUCGGCUACAACCGCCACGGCCUGGUCUCCGCCAUCAAUGAUAUCGUCCCUCUGAAGGUCUUCCCCGCCAGGACCCCGCCUCAUUUCCUUUGCCGGGCGCUGCUGAGCGCCACGUCCGUGGAGGCGGCGCACGACAUCCUGAGGGACCGCGGGACUGGAGGAGCCGACGGCUUUGGCGUCAACAUGAUCUUCAUGAGGCCGGAUGGUGGUCACGUCUUCCAGAACGUGGAGGUGGGGACGGCCGGGGCUGGGGAUGAGAACCCGCUGUCCAUUGUGACGCUGAGUGUCGGCGAACACUACUUCCACGCCAACAGGUACCUUCACCUGACAGGCAUCCCGGAGAAGAGUGGUCCUCCCGAGGCCAGCAGCGAGCACCGAGAGGUCCGCGCAAGCCAGUUCCCGGCCCCCAAAAACCUGGCGGAUCUGCUGGAGGUGCUAUCAGACACCAAAGACCCUGUGUUCCCCAUCUUCAAGGAGAAACCCCAACUGACCCCCAGCUCGACCCUGGCCCUUGGUGUGUUUGAUUUGGUCAAGAAGACGUUGGCUGUAUGGAUGAAGAACCCUCGGAAGGCUGGGCCCGUCAUGGAGAUUCCCCUACACUUCAACUGAACCACCUGAGCUCAGCCAUUCCUCUAAUAUAGACAGACAAACACAGCUGACGACAA